CCCCGCCGCAGUGGCGGGUACGGGGCUGUGCACUGGAGGCCCGAGUCCCUGGGCUGUGAGGUGCUCGCUCGCCUCCGCCUUCCUCCUCGCGGCAGCCUCCGCGCCCUGCGCUGACGGCCCACCCGGGGCUCCGCCGCCCUCGCCUCGGCCUCAGCAGCCCGCGGGCUCGGCGCUCGGCAGCUCCUCCGCGAGCUCGCCGGGGACUCGCACCCCUCGCGCUCCCCUGGCGCCCGAGGGGGCCGCCUCGGGCCAUGGUGCCCUUCCCCGAGGAGCCCGCCGCCGCGCAGGGGACGAGCGAGGCGCAGCCACCGGGCCCCGCGCCUACGGUGGGGGCCGCUCCGCUGCCCGGCCCGGGACCCUCGGACGGCCCCGAGGCGUCCGUCGAGAAGGUGGAGGUAGAGCUGACGGGGCCGGCGGGCGCUGAGCCCCCGCAGCCUCCCGAGGGCGGCUGGGGCUGGCUGGUGAUGUUUGCCGCCAUGUGGUGCAAUGGGUCGGUGUUCGGCAUCCAGAACGCCUGCGGGGUGCUCUUCGUGGCCAUGCUGAAGACCUUCGGGUCCAAGGACGAUGACAAGAUGGUCUUCAAGACAGCAUGGGUAAGUUCUCUGUCCAUGGGGAUGAUUUUCUUUUGCUGCCCAAUAGCCAGUGUCUUCACAGACAUGUUUGGUUGUCGGAAGACAGCUGUUGUGGGUGCUGCUGUUGGAUUCAUUGGACUCAUGUCCAGUUCUUUUGUAAGCUCCAUUGAGCCUCUGUACCUCACCUAUGGAGUCCUGUUUGCCUGUGGCUGCUCCUUUGCCUACCAGCCUUCGCUGGUCAUCUUGGGCCACUAUUUCAAGAAGCGCCUCGGACUGGUGAAUGGGAUCGUCACCGCCGGCAGCAGCAUCUUCACAAUUUUGCUGCCUUUCCUGUUACGGGUCCUGACUGACAGCGUGGGCCUCUUCCACACACUGAGGGGCCUCUGCAUCUUCACGUUUAUUCUCUUUCUGGCUAGCUUCACUUACCGACCUCUUGUUCCAAAUGCCAGAGACAAAGAGAGUGGAACCAAAGGAGGCCACAGAUUCUCCCUGUUUUCCAGGAGGAAGUUUGGUCCUCCACAAAAAGUUUUCAAUUUUGCCAUCUUCAAGGGGACUGCUUACGCGGUUUGGGCAGUUGGAAUACCACUUGCACUUUUUGGAUACUUUGUGCCUUAUGUUCACUUGAUGAAACAUGUGAAUGAAAGAUUUCAAGAUGGAAAAAAUAAAGAGGUGGUUCUCAUGUGCAUUGGCAUCACUUCAGGGGUUGGACGGCUGCUCUUUGGCAGGAUUGCAGAUUAUGUGCCUGGUGUGAAGAAGGUUUAUCUUCAGGUACUCUCCUUUCUCUUCAUUGGUCUGAUGUCCAUGAUGAUUCCCCUAUGUAGGGUCUUUGGGGCCCUCAUUGCUGUCUGUCUCAUCAUGGGUCUCUUCGAUGGAUGCUUCAUUUCCAUUAUGGCCCCCAUUGCCUUUGAGUUAGUUGGCCCCCAGGAUGUUUCUCAAGCAAUUGGAUUUCUACUUGGAUUCAUGUCUAUACCCAUGACUGUCGGCCCACCUAUUGCAGAACCAACACGUCUAGCAACUUUGCGAACUGGGAACCUAGUCAUGAACAAGCACGCAGUCACUGAAGGUCACAGACUCCCUGUGGGAGAACCCUCCAGCCCUUCCCCUGUCCCCCAGGGUUACUUCGUGACAAGCUGGGCUCCUAUGAUGUGGCAUUCUACCUCGCUGGAAUCCCUCCCCUUAUUGGAGGUGCUGUCCUUUGUUUUAUCCCCUGGAUCCACAGUAAGAAGCAAAGAGAGAUUGACAAAACCACCGGAGGAGAAAAGAUGGAGAAAAUGUUGGAGAAUCAGAACUCUCUGUUGCCAAACUCACCUGGAAUCUUUAAGAAAGAAUCUGACUCUGUUAUUUAAUGUCUUAUAUACCUCCACCAGACUGAACUUGCUUUCAGAAGUUUAAGCAAGUUUUCCUUUUAUAUAAAUUGCAGAUUUCUUAUUUUUUUAAUCUCAUCCUAAGACUAGCACAAUAAUUGGGAACUAGAACGCUUAUUACUACAAGAACCAUAUUCUGCCACUGAAUAGCUAGCUGUCUGGUAUUUCCAUGAGUGUGGGGGCAGAGAGUCUGGUAUAUGAAAACUUCCGUCGGAAAGUCAAAUAUUGUGAGCAUUGAUGCUAUCUCAGUAAAAAGCAACUCUGGAAACUGUGAAUGCUAAUAAGCUUGUACAAAUAUUUAAAAAUACCUCAAGCUAUAAUGAAAGGGUUGCAAUUUGGUUAGGACUGGAACUGUGUUUGUUGUCUCACGUGAUGUUUUUAAUUCUGGUAUCUCUGUUUUAAUUUCUUCUGCUGUUUGGAAACUUUUUACAAGAUUCAAGCCUGGAUUCUAGAUAAUGUCAGACCUACCAAAACCUCAAGUCUGUGUUAAAGCUGCUUGCCUGCUCUUAACUAGGAUCUGAGGUUAAGUUCUUCUGCCUUGCUCCGGUGUCCGGGGGGCUUCUGGGAGAGAUGGCAGCGCUGUGUCGGCAUUCAGAGCACGGCGCGGAAGGGAUCACGGUCGUAAGGGCAGAGCAGUUCAGGAGGCGGGCAUUUCUCCCACUUCCAUUUGCUUCCUUUCGGUUGGCCGUGUGUUGAUUACUCAAGUAGCCAGAAACCCCCCAGAUUUCUGAACUUGUUUAAAGUGUAACAAUAAAGUGAAAUAGAAUGAAUCAAAGAGAUUCUGGCCAUCUUAACGUAGAGUUUUUCUGACUUUGUUAGCACUAGGACUUGACAUUUCCACAGAGUCUUACUGAGCAUGUUACCAAGUUGCAGUUUCAGGUACAAAUGGGGAAAAAAAAGUCUUUGUAUUCAUGCAGAAAAUAUUUCUGAUAGAAACAAUUGCUCCAGUUUGUUUAUAAAAUUAAUGGGUCUUGAAAAGUUAAAAGGACUUAUAAAGAGAAACAACUUCUGUAUUCCAAAAUUUACUGGCAAAAAUUUGCAUUCUUCGGUAUUUAUCCUAGCCCGCUCCCCAUUAACAUUCCCAGUAUUUUUUCUCUUUAUGCAGAGACACUUGUAUGAAAGCUAUUAAAGUUUUAAAGACCUAAAAUUAAAACCAAAGUCAUGCCAUGACCUAUACUCAUCUACAAAAAAUAGGAACACUUUCCUCAUCCUGAAAUUAUACUUUAGUACAUGUUUCUUAUUUAUGUCUUUGAAAGUUAAUAAUAUGCAAAGUAUAUUUAAAUCCUAAGUAUAAAUGCGUAUUAGAACUUCCUCAAAUGUAGCUUGUUCACCUGGGAAGAAUGCUAUCUUUUUCUAAAGCACCUCCAGGAUCCAUCUGUUUCGAACUUCUCUGGAAGGACAGAAACUUAAUCUCUUAUCUCCCUACUUUUCCUUUAAGCUUCUCUUCUUUGUCUUUAGCUGAGGAUGUAGAAACCUGAAGAGGAUAUGGAUUUGGAGUUGUUGAUGGGGGAGGGGGGGGGAAGGCAGGCCACAUAGGGGGCUGGAGGGAAGUGAGGUGGUUAAUUAAACAGCUAGAAACCCAGAAGUUCAAAGUAGGAAUACCAAAUGUGGAAUUUAUUAUUAAUAGGAUUUUAAAUUAUUUUUGAUUGUGAAGAUAUUCAGCAGUUCACUAUGACAUACACAUGGUUGUAACUUUCAGUACUUCUGUAUUUCAUAUUUAGGAAACGGGUAAUUUGUUUUUUUGGAGGGUUAUGUUGCUUAAAAAACAACUAUAUUUUGACCAUAUACUGCCCUUUCAUAUUCUUAUUUUAAACUUUUAGAAAAUGACUUAGAGGGGCACCUGGGUGGGUCAUGAUCUUAAGUUGUGAGUUCAAGCCCCGCAUCAGGCUCCAUUCUGGGCGUGGAGUCUGCUUGAGAUUCUUUCUCUCCCACUCCCCCUCCCCACGCACAUAUGCUCUCUCUCUAAAAAAAUAAAAACAAAAAACUUAGAAAUGAUACUAUAUUAUUGGGUUCUGCAUUUAUCCAUGCCUAGUUAUAUAAAACAUUAUUUCCUCAUUAUUAUCAGUGCUUUUGAGAUCAGCAAAAACAUACAACUAAGACCAAUCAUCAAACCUGCCAUUAUAAAUUUUUUUUUAUAGUUUUUAUAGUUUUAGCACAGACUCCUAAGACUUGUCCCUGCUCCUGCCAAUUUUACAGAAAGAAUUCUAAAAGAGAAAAUUUACUCUGUAGAGACUUCCAAAAUGUUUUCCCUUUCAAAAUUUGGCUGAUUUUAGAAAGGAAAAAAAAAAAAGUAAUAAUCUGAAACUCAAAAGACUUGAUCUUGCUUGGUUAGGUUCCAUAAUAAAAGAGCAAAGUGGGGCACCUGGGUGGCUCAGUUGGUUAAGCUUCGGACUCUUGAUCUCAGCUCAGGUGUUGAUCUCAGGGUUGUGAGUAGGAGUGUGGAGCCUACUUAAAACAAACAAAAAAAACCCAAAGUAGCUGAAGUAUUUAUAGUAAAACUUAGAUCUCAGAAUAUUAUAUUCAUGUACAAGAUUACACAUAUGCAGUUUUCAGUCCGAUGGAAUGAAUUAAACAGGUCCUAUGAUACUGAAAAAGCUCCACUGUAAUAGACUGUUACGGAGAGUUCUUUGCUGUAAUAAUAUAAAGUUAUAAAGUAUAAAAGAUGCUAAAUUCUAUAAAAUGUAUAUUUCAUAACAUGUUUGGUACAAAAAGUUCUAGAAGUCUGAAGUUCUAAAAGUUCUACAAACUUAGAAAAUGAAAAAUACUAAUAUUCAUAAGGAUUUAGACCAAGAAACAUUACCCUAAUCUUUCAAAGUAAAUCCUUUUUAAUUUCUGAGCAGUGUUACUAUUGCAAUAAAGUGAGCUGGUGGGCCUGAAUUUUUUUGUUCAAUCCAGACACUUGAGAGGAACAGAGUAGAGUCAGAACUCUGCUUUCUAUCUCAUCAUCCUAAUUCUGCUAAAACUCAGCAAAUUCUCACAUUCAAAAGGUUCUAGCAUUUGAGGCCAACAAUAUAUAAGAAGGGGAGCAAUUAUUCCCCUUUACAGAGACUCUGAAUCAGAUACUAUUGUAACAUACCCAUGGAUCUUCCAGAAACAUUUUAGUUCAAUUGUAUUGCAGUAGAUACUCUUGGUAUCCAUCCAUUCUAGCAACAACAAACCACCCAGAUUGAUACUUUAUUCAAAAUUUAUAAAUUUCUUUGAUCACAGUUGCAAUCCUUAGUCUACAGUCCUACUAAGAGACUUGUAAUGUCCACUUGAGAUUGCAUAGUGCUUGCAUUAAGCUUCAAAUUCUAUUCAUGAACAGAAGCAGGACCUCAUUUGUACUACCUGAUCUACAGUAUCUGUUUAUACGUGUUUGCAGAAGAUCCCAUGGGCUCUGCCCAAGUAUGGAGCAAACCUUAACUCUUAGCUUCAACUUUCUACACUUUUAAAGUAAAUGUAUACUUAGUUGUAAAGUAAACACAGCUUUGUUUUUCCUGCUCCUAAUUCUAAUCCUUUUAACUGCACUGAAGAAUAUUUUAAUUUCUACCUUUGUUAUUUAUAAAGCACUUUAUGUCCAGAUGACUUCUGUUGUUAAAUCAAGAGAAAACUGAAUAGAAAAUGCAGCGAUCAGGGGCAGGCCAGUCCAGCGUGGGUGGCACUGAGUGGGGGCUUCCGGCAGCGCACUUUCCCACUCUUGCUUAGGCCUCUUUGCUUGCUCUUCCUGGUCUCUUUCCCCAUAUCAUUCUUUUUCUCUUUACUUGCCCCUAUCCUCCAAAAGCCUGCUGAGGAGUCCAUCAACAUCCUUGCCUAGUUCCCCUGGCUGCUUAGCUGCCCUACUUACUGGUGGUCCCUGUGGCUUCAGAGAAUGGAAGCCCAGGCUAUGUCAUGUAACCUGGUGAACAGCUUGCUCUCAGCCUUGAACUUAGAGUUCUAUUGGUCGACACUGAAAACAUUAUUUAAUUAUGCGAUUAAAAUCUGGGAAGGAAGUAAUAUGUUUCAUAUAACUGGCAUCUUUUGUGCUAAUAUGUUAAACUUUAUUUAAAUGUUUAAGGUCAUGCUUUCAGAGAAAAGACUGUCAAGUUCUUAACAUGAGUAUUUUCAGAGGGCAUAAUUUUUUACUUUGAUUUUCAUAUUCUAUUAAAAUUUUGCUAAAACUUAGUCCUGAGAGCACAUCGUGGGGGAUGCUUUGGAAUGUAGUGGGCCCCUCAGAUGCGGUUCCUCAUGAAUCUGCCUUAGGCUGCGUUAUACUUUAUGGUGAAUGGUGUUGGAGUAAAUUCCCAGAGUCUAGAGAUACAAGUAGAAAGGAUAAGUUAAUUAGCUCCAAUUAAAAAAUAUGUAAACAAUUUAAGUUUUAAACUCCUUAGGGAAUUUCGAACACCGAAAACUUCAUUGUUGCUGGCAUAACAUUAAGGAGCAAUUUUUCCAUUAGGCUGAAAAUUGUUGCUUUUCCCAAUGUGUGAAAAGGAGAAGGAAGUGAAAUGUUCUUAUUUUACAUUUAUAUUCUUUAACUGAAAGACAAGUAGUAUCUUGGCUAAUAGAAAAAGUGUCAUCAUCAUAGUUUAAUUAACUCUUAAAACCACAAAAUUUUUACCUUGUGACUAAAACAGAAGAACAAGUUUACCAUUUGUGAUGGUGAUGUGGAUUAAUGUGGAAUACGAACACAGCAGAGAAGGAAGUCUUGCUACUCUACUUGACUGACAAUCAUUAAUUCUGCUCGUUUUACACUCACUGAUUUUUGUUGAUACUUAGGUGUAAAGGAAAUAAAAAGACCAUCUGGAGCUGAGUUUGAGAAUGGUUCGUGGGGCAAAGAAUAACAAGGCGGAAAGCAACAAUAGACAGCUCAUGGGCUCACUAUAAUUUUAUAGCCACAGCCCUUUUUAUCAGUUGAUUUGUUGGCAGACAUUAAUGCUUUGUUUUAUAAAUACGCUAUAGAGUGAUAAGUUACAAUCUCAAAAAUAGAGGGCCAAAUGCCCAUAGCAAAUGUGAAACCCACAUACAACUUAAACAACCACAGUUACUGAACUUAAAUAAAUGUGGACUUAAUCAGAUGACUUUAGAUGACUCCUUCUGAGACAGUAAAGACCCAUGAAACAAUUCAUUGCCACAUGUUUGAAUCACUCAAAACCUUGAAACUUGGGAUCUAGUUUACUUAGCUUGCCCUUUUUAAAAUUACCAAUUUUUCAAUAAUGAACAUUAAUCAUCUUGACCUCUAUACAUUCAAGGAAAUAUCCCACGGUACUAUUUUCUUGACAUAUAAUAUAGGAGGCUACCUCAUUUACAAAACAGCAGAUUUCAAUUUUUUGUUAGUGUGUUAGACAUUGGGAAUGAAAUAAACCUUUCUAAGUACUUGAUCAUGACAGUCCACCUACCUCAGCUUUCAGUGUCCAACUAAAAGCCCAGCUUAAUCAAUUCUUGCUUAAUCAGAAGGGAGCUAGCAGUGACUCUGAGAUUAAAAGGCAAGGGAGUGCAAGGAGUAAAGGGGCCAAAAUAUCAGUAAAAUUUAAGUGCUUUGUUCUGAUAAGAUAUAAGAGGAACAAAAAAGGAGUAUUAACUAAUGUGGCCUGUGGAUAAUCUGAAGCAGGAAAACUGAAGAAAUUUACAAUCUAUAUAUAAUAAUGGACACUUACUAAAGUGUUUCACCAGUGGCUUUUCAAACUAUACUGGCAGCUUGACGAUGAAGUCUUGUUUUCUUUGGCAGGAAAAUGGAUAAUCACUGACAACAGAUUACAUGCUUGUGCCUUAACCUCACAGCUUUGUGAAACUCCUGCAAGAGGCACCCCUUUCCUAGUGGAACAGGGACUGUGGCAACGAACUUUGGUCUCCCUGCAGUUUUAAAAAAUGCUGUCGUUGAGUAUGGCAGCAGGUGUAGGAGCUAACCCACAAGUUCCCAAUCUAAUGGAAGAUGUUUCUGGCCUUUCAGUAUUUUGGAGUUGAAUGCCACUAACCAUGUGUGCGGUAGGAACUAUCAGUAUAAAAUAACUUUUGGAAAUCUAAUGAAAUCUGUGACACUAUUUUGGAAACUCUGAUAUAUGACUUUUAUUCUUUACCAAAUAAUACUUUUUAGUAUCUGUCCAUUAUUAGAAGAGGCAAUUUGUUAAAUAUUUUAAAUGUGGGUAAACACACAAACAUUUUCUGUUAUGAUCUUCCCUAAAUGUAGUCUUCUAUAGUAUAUUCUCAUAUACUAGAAAGUUAAUGGGUCAAAGUAUCUUUCAUAAUUCAGUCUAUAUUGGAAUAGUAUUUCAGGGACUGAGGGUUGUAUGAGUGCUUUUUUCUUUUUUUUUUUUGACCCCAUUGCAAUGAGCAGACUAUAUAUUUGGUGCCUUUCUUUCCUACCAAAGAAAAAUUAGGUCAAAAUUGGUGCUAAAUUUCAUGUUCUUUUCAAAAUUAUCUCUUCUUUUUAAAUAUAUUUAUCACAAUAGGAAAUGUGUAGAUCCAGCAGUAUUAUGCAUGUUGUAUUCUGUAUAUACAUCUAAGGAAAAAAAACCCUCACCUAAAAAGCAAUUGAGUUCUGAUACCUAUUUACAGGCAUAUAAUUUUCAUUGACACGUAGGCUUUAAAGUAUGAAACUGAUAAGAAAAUGAUCACCAAAUGAAAACUUAGUAAUGAAUAUACCCCCCAAAGGUAGUAACUUUAAGGAAAAAGUCCCAUACAAUGUUAUAUGUCAGUUAUAUCUCAAUUAAAAAAUAAAAAUAAAAAAGUCCCUGUCAAUGUUUCUAGCACAAAGUUAGCUAUUCAAAGUAUUUUGUAACUCUGAGGGUUUAUAAAAAGUUUUAUAUAUAUUUUAUUGUAUAUAUAUUUACAUAUGUACAAAAUAGCUUUUUAAUGAGCUUGUUUAAGUGGAUAUUUUAAGCUAUUUUUCAGGCUAAAAUUAAGAGGGGAGUUAUCAGUCUUAAAACUUGGAUAAUGAGUUACAUUAAAAAAAUUCUCACCAAAAGUAUCAGUGUUCAUCUUUCGGAUUUAACAUAAAGACAAAUUAGUAAAGACUACAUCUGGGUCAGUGUGAGCAAAUCUCAGACCUAUGGUUUAUUCGGGGUUCUCAGCAUCAUGGUUGUGGCUGACUGUAUGACACCCACCUAAAAUCCCAUGUGCGUCUCUGAGUCUUAAUGUCUUGUGAGUAGGAUUCCGAUGAAGUGAGGAGGACAACAGGGUUUUAUUUAAUCCUGCUUUUAUAGACUGCCUUAACUCUAUGAGGAUUUUAUAAAUAUAAGUUAGAAAAAUGAUACACUCUAGGAAAUUAGGAAAACAAUACACUUAGAAUCUACUAGAGUAUACUGGAUUCUCUGUUAACUAAUGAUAACUCCUUACUACUGUUAACAGGAGUUAUGUGUGGAAGGGAGAAUGGGGGCUGGUUAAUCAGAAGUUACUGUACAGUGAGAUGAAAUAUCCCUUUACUAACUUCUGAUGUAAUUUAAUUUAUGUGGUUUGAGAACUGUAAGAUUCCAAAGGCACUGUGCAAUGCUUGAUAAAUUUGCAUUUUGUCAGUUUGUUCUCCUUUCAGUUUAUUUUAGCCUGAAAAUUAUAGCUACAACAAACAGAAUCCUACAGUAUUAAGAGAGCGUGGAUAUUUUAAGUAUCUCCUCAUAUAACAUGACAUUUUCCAUGUCAACUUAUUUUAAUGUUUAUCUGAAAAGUAACUUUAAAUUAUUUGCAUAUUUUCAAAGUUAGAAAAACAUGCUAUAUCUUAGACAUCAAAACCAAACUAUUCCCAGGGCCGCUGUAUACUGCAGAGCGGCUCUGGUCUCUGCCUGCACAGGAUGCCAUUUUGGGCACAACAGUUGCUUAAAUAUAGAUCACUGUGUGAAAUAAUUUUGCUGGGUUUGAUCAGUAUGCAGUAUUUUAGUACUUGCCUUUAAAAAUUGUUUUUCUCUUUUUAAAGAGUGUAAUUUAUAACUGAUUUUUUUAUAAUGUGCAAUUUCCUAUAGAUAACCAAAACCUUUUUAAUCGAAAGAGCUUUGUAAUCAUUUGGAGAAUAAAAUCAUUUUACUGUGGAACAAUGUGGUAUUCUCAGUAAAGACAAUAAAAAAAUGUUAGCAAAUUUCUAUGAGGCUCU